GAAUCGUAUUCUGGUGGCAUUUGAGGAGUUUUAAAGAAAUCCAAGUGGCAUAAGCGUCAACCAAACUGAAAGAAAUGGGGGUUGUGUUUGUGUGGCCUUGGCUGAGCGUUGUCAAGCUCUACUUCUGUCCAUUAUCCCUUCCUUCGUCGACCUCUGUCUUCGAUUACCAACGCUGAACACCUCGCAGAUCUUCAUCUUCUUCGGAAAAUAGACUUUCUUAUUGUUCGAAUUUGAAUCCGAAGGGCUUCCGAAUCGAAAGCGAAGUCAUUAAGGAAUCGACUUGUGGAGGUUUCGACGUUGAGCUGAAUGAGUUUAUGGAUUAGCAAGAAUAUUUUCUUCUGCUAAAUUGAGGAGUUCUGAAUCGGCUUCUUGAAUUCACGGCUUGUGCUCUUUUGUUGGGUCGAUUAUAUCUAUUUUCCCUCUAGUUCGAGUCGAUGAUGGGAUUUUUCUGCUCCGAUGCUUUCUUUUAGAAAUGGCUUCUGCUCCUUCUAUGUCAGUCUCCGUAGAAUGCGUGAACCUCUGUAAGUUGUCUAAAGGGGAUGGGACUAGUAGGUAUGAUUGCACCGUCCUCUCUUGCGCCUGGAAGGCUCCGAGGGCUCUGACUGGGUUCUUCGCGAGUACCGCUCAUCAUUCUCACUGCUCUUCAUUGUUGGAUGGGCGGGCGGCAAGACGAAACCGGACAAAAUCUUCUUGCUGGAGAUGUGAAGCCUCUGACGUUGGGGACUCUGACAACAUGGAAACUUCUUAUUCUGCAUUUUCCAGAAGGCAAAUUGGAUCAUGUUUGCGUUAUACUGAAUCUAAACGAUGGCAAUUGUGCUGUUCUCCCUCUUCUUCAGAAUUUUCUGAUCCCAUAUCUCCUCAAAUGUUGUGGGAGGACCUUAAACCGACUAUUUCAUAUCUUCCACCGAACGAGUUGAAAUUGAUCCGUGAUGCUUUGGAGCUGGCUUUUGUGGCUCAUGAUGGUCAGAAAAGAAGAAGUGGAGAGCCCUUUAUCAUUCAUCCAGUAGAAGUUGCACGUAUACUUGGAGAACUUGAACUGGAUUGGGAAUCCAUUGCUGCUGGAUUAUUACAUGACACAGUGGAAGACACAAAUGUUGUUACUUUUGAAAGAAUUGAGGAGGAGUUCGGUGCUACUGUGCGCCACAUUGUAGAAGGAGAAACUAAGGUGUCCAAGCUGGGUAAACUUCAAUGUAAAAAUGCUAACAGCUCAGCACAAGAUGUCAAAGCUGACGAUCUGCGUCAAAUGUUUCUAGCCAUGACAGAAGAGGUGCGUGUAAUCAUCGUCAAAUUAGCUGACAGGUUACACAAUAUGCGUACACUUUCACACAUGCCCCCACAUAAGCAGUCCAGCAUAGCAUUGGAGACAUUACAGGUCUUUGCCCCACUUGCAAAGUUACUGGGGAUGUACCAAAUUAAGUCGGAGCUGGAAAAUCUGUCCUUUAUGUACACAAAUGCUGAAGAUUAUGCAAAGGUUAAGAGAAGAAUUGCAAACCUGUAUAAAGAGCAUGAGAAAGAGCUCAUAGAGGCGAAGAAGAUUUUAACGAAAAGGAUUGCAGAUGAUCAGUUUUUGGACCUUAUGACAGUGGAAACAAAUGUCCGCUCUGUAUGCAAGGAACCUUACGGUAUCUAUAAGGCAGUGCUGAAAUCUAAAGGUUCAAUAAGUGAGAUCAACCAAAUCGCACAGCUUCGUAUCAUCAUAAAACCAAAGCCAUGUGUUGGAGUAGGACCUCUGUGUAGUGCACAACAGAUAUGCUACCAUGUACUUGGGCUGGUUCAUGGAAUCUGGACCCCUCUUCCUCGAGCUAUGAAAGACUACAUUGCCACCCCAAAACCUAAUGGCUAUCAAAGUCUCCACACAACAGUAAUACCAUUUCUGUAUGAGAGCAUGUUUAGGCUUGAAGUUCAGAUAAGAACUGAAGAGAUGGAUCUGAUAGCUGAGAGAGGAAUUGCUGCUCACUACAAUGGGAGAGUAUUUGCUACUGGCUUAGUUGGACAUCCCCGGAAUGGGAAAAAUUCUAGGGGGAAAACCAUCUGUCUCAACAAUGCAAACAUUGCUCUUAGGAUUGGCUGGCUAAAUGCUAUCAGAGAAUGGCAAGAAGAGUUUGUUGGGAACAUGAGUUCUAGGGAGUUUGUUGAUACUAUCACAAAGGACCUGCUAGGGAGUGGCGUCUUUGUGUUUACUCCAAAAGGAGAGAUCAAAAACCUACCUAAGGGAGCUACAGUGAUUGAUUAUGCUUACAUGAUACACACCGAGAUUGGGAACAAAAUGGUGGCUGCAAAGGUCAAUGGGAAUCUUGUCUCUCCCAUGCAUGUGCUGGCAAAUGCUGAAGUUGUGGAGAUAAUUACAUACAAUGCUCUCUCAAGCAAAUCUGCUGUCCAGAGGCAUCAGCAGUGGCUGCAACAUGCAAAGACCCGAUCUGCUCGACACAAGAUUAUAAAAUUCUUGAGGGAACAAGCUGCACUAGCUGCUGCUGAAAUGAAGGAAGAAACUGUAAAUAACCUUGUUGCUGAUUUUGAGGAUAAGAGUAAAUCAGAUGACUUAUCCAACUGUGUUGAAGAAAGCAAUUCCAUUUGGAAGCAAAUCCUUGUGAAUGUUGCAGAAUUCUCUACUUCGGAGAGAAGCCAUGAAGAUGUCUUCCACAUCCAGAAUGGCAGUGUUAGAAUCCCCAAGGUCAAUGGAAACCAUAACAAGAAUGUCCAGCAUAUGAAUUUUAAGACCAACGGAGAAUGGUUUCAAGGAAAUGGCUUUGCCAAGUUGAUCCAUGCUAACAUUCCAAUGUACAAGGAAGUCUUGCCUGGUUUAGAAAGCUGGCAAGUUGGCAAGGUUGCCUCCUGGCACAAUCUCGAAGGGCAUUCAAUUCUGUGGUUCUCUGUAGUAUGUAUUGAUCGAAGAGGUAUGAUGGCGGAGAUUUCAUCCACAUUGACCACUGUGGGCAUUGAUUUAUGUUCUUGUGUGGCAGAGAUUGACAGAAGAAGGGGAAUGGGUGUGCUGUUAUUUCACAUUGAAGGGAGCUUUGACAGUCUGGUAAAUGCCUGCUCAAGUGUAGACCUGAUUCCUGGUGUUCUGGGCUGGUCUACUGGUUGUAGCUGGCCAAGCUACAAUGGACAGACAUUUCUUGAAUGCUAACUUGUUAGGGGACAAAACCCAUACUACAUAUAGAGUGAAUUGAGGUGUGAAUAGGAGAUUUUUUGCUCAAGAGACCAAUAGUCUGGUAUGUUUUUUUUAGUGGAUUUUGAGUUUAGUUACAUUCCUUGGUUCUUAUUUUUUUGGUAAGCAAUUCUCAAUUAUUUUUUUCAAAGCCCGGAGAAAUAAGCAGCGACAGCAAUUAAAUGAGCUUGUCUUUGAAGUGAGGUACUGUAUAUAGAGAGGGUUGGUAGGAAUUAGAAAACAAUUUACUAUGGAUUUGUGCACUUGUAAAUGCUCUUUCUUUCUUGCGGUGGUAAUACAAAAUAUUUAAACAGGGUGUA